GCGCGGUGUGAAGCGACGAAGAGACGCAACCUCGCAUAAAAACUUGCUGCGUUCUUCUGUGGCUCGAGGUGAUGAUCAUGGCUGCACAGCUCGCGAGACGGCUGAUCGGAAGGUGGUCGACCCAGAUCCUUGGAACUGCCAACCAUAGCUCCGGUACGGUUACGUCUUUCGCUAGGCCUUUCUCAUCCUCGCCGAUCACCGCAACGCUCUUCCCUGGCGACGGGAUCGGUCCCGAGAUCGCCGAAUCUGUCAAACAGGUGUUUAAUACUGCUGGGGUUUCUGUUGAAUGGGAAGAACACUAUGUUGGGACUGAAAUAGAUCCUAGAACACAGAGCUUUUUGACAUGGGAAAGUCUCGAAUCUGUCCGGAGAAACAAGGUUGGCUUGAAAGGACCAAUGGCAACACCGAUCGGGAAGGGUCAUCGUUCUUUGAACUUGACUCUUAGAAAAGAGCUGAACUUGUAUGCCAAUGUCAGGCCUUGCUACAGUCUUCCUGGAUACAAAACCCGAUACGAUAAUGUUGAUCUUAUAACCAUCCGUGAGAACACAGAAGGAGAGUACAGUGGUCUCGAACAUCAGGUCGUUAGAGGUGUUGUGGAAAGUCUUAAAAUCAUUACCCGUCAGGCGAGUUUGAGAGUGGCUGAGUAUGCAUUUCACUAUGCCAAGACUCAUGGAAGAGAUAGAGUGUCUGCAAUUCACAAAGCCAAUAUUAUGCAGAAAACCGAUGGUCUCUUUCUCAAGUGCUGCCGUGAGGUUGCAGAGAAGUAUCCUGAGAUUGUAUACGAGGAGGUUGUCAUUGACAACUGCUGUAUGAUGCUUGUAAAAAAUCCGGCACUUUUUGAUGUCUUGGUAAUGCCAAACCUCUAUGGUGACAUUAUCAGUGACUUGUGCGCUGGACUGGUUGGAGGACUAGGCUUGACUCCGAGUUGUAAUAUCGGGGAAGGUGGUAUUUGCCUUGCUGAAGCUGUGCAUGGUUCUGCUCCUGAUAUUGCUGGAAAGAACCUGGCAAACCCGACAGCUCUGCUUCUGAGCGGAGUGAUGAUGUUGCGGCACUUGAAGCUCAACGAGCAAGCCGAGAGGAUCCACAAUGCCAUCAUCAACACCAUAGCCGAGGGCAAGUUCAGGACAGCGGAUCUCGGGGGAACUUCAACCACGACAGAGUUCACGAAUGCAAUCUGCGAUCAUCUCUGAACCCACCCGUAAAAAUCAUCAAAAAAUCAUUUUCCCUCUUGAAUCUCUCUCUACUCAAUUUGCAACUUGAUUCGUCUUCAGGGGGCUUAGCCUUUUGAUUCUUGAUGUUUUUUUUUCCUACAAGGAGAGAAUAAUAAAAAAAAAAACAUGGCAUUGCCAUUAGCCCCUGAUCAUGAUAUGAUCAUUGAGGCCAAAGAUUGAUAACAGGAAGGAGAUGUUGUCCAAACCCAUCACCAAGGGGAAGGGGUGGUUUGUUUCAAUAUUAAUGGCAGUUCUGGCUGGCUAAUUAUAUUU